AUGGCCGCCUCGCUCGCCGCAUCGCCCCUCGGCGCGCUCGCGCGUCGCCGCGUCGCCGCCCCCCGCCGCCGCGUCGCCGUCGCCCGCCGCGGCGUCGCGUCCGUCCGCGCGGACGCGACCGCGACGAAGAAGGUCGUCGUCCUCGGCGGUUCCGGGUUCGUCGGCAGCCGCGUCGUCGACCGCCUCGCCUCCGCGGGCGUCGCCGAGGUGACGUCCAUCUCCAAGUCCGGCGCGGCCGUCCCCGGCGCGUCGUCCUCCGUCGCGAUCGACCUCGCGGCCGCCGCCGCGUCCGAAGCGCUCGCGGCCGCGUUCGAGGGCGCGGACGCGGUCGUCUCGUGCGUCGGUUGCAUCGGCGGAAGCGACGAGGACAUGCGCGCGGGGAACGGCGACGCGAACGCGACCGCGAUCGACGCCGCGAAAACCGCGGGGGUGCCGAAGUUCGUGUACGUCUCCGUCGCGUCCAUCGUCCCGGACGUCGUCGGCGCGACGCCGCUGAUGCGCGGGUACUUCGAGGGGAAAGCCGCGGCCGAGGCGGCGCUAAUGUCGGCGUACCCGGACGCGUCGUCGCGGCUCGUCGUGAAGCCGUCCUUCAUCUACGGCGGCGACGCGUUCAGCGUGAACCCGCCGCGGGUGACGAAACAGUACGGCGACCAGCUCGUGAAGCUCCUGGGGAGCGGGCUCGUGAAGUCCAUCGCGGAGAAAGCCCCGGGGGCGAUCGCGCUGACGCUGGCGGAGCCCGUGAGCGUGGACGACGUCGCCGCCGCCGCGUGCGCGGGGGCGCUGGGGAGAGCGACGACGAGCGAGUGCGACGGCACGGACGCGAUCAAGGCGUGCGCGGGGAAGCUGGACGUCGCGUGA